GACAGACCAGUCGUCCUUUCUCGCACGAGCCGCACAGGCCUCUGCCAAGCAAUGCAGCUUUAAAGAAUGAUACGAUAAGAAAACAAAAUCUGAAAUGGGCAACAACCAGAGCGCUGCGGGGCUCCAGCCAGGCGGAAGCCUUUCGCUCGAUGUUGACGCGAGCUUGGCCCAGCGAGCUCAAUCGGAGGAGGCUAUCGAGGCACCAGCCGCACCAGAGACCUCAUUCGCGCCUUACAAUCCGUUUGACCGUCGCGGAACCGACUUCAACUUCCCUCCGCUCGCCGAUGCCCUGCGCUUCGACCCCACCACCACCGACCAAGAGGCGUCGCGCCCCAGCGACAUCGAGACGCUUGCAAACCUCUACCCAGUGGAGUUUCCGCAGGGCGAGUCGCCGCCCACGCAAGUCCCCACCCAGCUCCCGGACCUGCCCCUACGCGGGUCCAAUGACAGCGAGCGCUCCUCAGUGCACGAGCUGCGUGCGGCCCCGCCGCCGCCCCCCAUCUCCGAGCCCUCCACCACCAACCUGUCCGUCAUGCGACUCCAGUCGGUGCUGCCUGGCGACUCCGUAGCCGACCCAGAUGCCUCCCCCAGCCGCAAGCUGCUGAGCAGCCUGGGGCACGGGCACGGCAUCGGCCACGGCGAGUCGCCGCCCACGCAAGUCCCCACCCAGCUCCCGGACCUGCCCCUACGCGGGUCCAAUGACAGCGAGCGCUCCUCAGUGCACGAGCUGCGUGCGGCCCCGCCGCCGCCCCCCAUCUCCGAGCCCUCCACCACCAACCUGUCCGUCAUGCGACUCCAGUCGGUGCUGCCUGGCGACUCCGUAGCCGACCCAGAUGCCUCCCCCAGCCGCAAGCUGCUGAGCAGCCUGGGGCACGGGCACGGCAUCGGCCACGUGAUGGGCGGCCCCAGCAGCCGCCUCAGCAGCUUCCGCACGCACGGCGGCAGCGGCAUCGUGUCAGCGGACCAGCUCGGCACCCGGCGGCCGAGCAGCAGGGACGGGGCGGUAAGCACCUCGCUGGCCAGUGCAGGGGCGGGCGCGGCAGGAGCCGUUGGCAGUGGUGAUGCCGGCACGGCGUCACGGCCAGGGCAGCAGCGACCCUCGCGUCACUCCUCCUACAUCCAAGCUUUCAGUGAGCGCGGCAGCGAAAGGUUCAGUCUUGAAAGCGUUGGGGCGGGCAGCUCCCGCCGCCCGGUGCAGCUGCUGCAGCCGCAGGCGCAAGCGAUGCUACAGCCGCCUCGGGCGGCGGCAGCGGGUGCGCUGAAGCGGUAUGAUACGUUUGAGGAGGACUCGUUGUCUGAGGUGCUGCUGCAGAGCGAGCGCACGUCGGCGAGCUUGGGGUUCAACGCCGCCACGGCGAGUGGCGGCGCUGCUGCUGCUGCGCCAAUUCCUGCUGUUAUACCUGCCACUCUUCCUGCUGCUAUUACUGCUGCUAUUCCUUUGGCUGCUCCUGCUGCUGUUCCUGGUGGUGCGGCUGGUGGUAGGGCUGCAGCUGCCGCCGUCGUGGUUGGCACGGUUGCUUCAGGUCAGCAGAAGCAAGUGCAGCGUCCGGAAUGGGAGCAGGAGCAAGGGCAAUGGCAGACGGGGAUGUUGGCCAGAGCGGGCGGUGGCAGCACUGCCCACGGGAGCGUGGCCAGCAUGCGGAGUGCUGGGCGGAGCGAAGGCCUUGGAGGCGCCGUGAGUGGUGGCACUGGUUGGCAGCGCCGUGAAGGAUCGAUCCAUCUUCGCGGCGGUGGUAGCAGCCACGGGGGCCCGGCUGGGCACAGCGGCGACGGCAGGAGCAGCAGGGGCCCAGGCAGCAGUGCCGGAGGCGGCGGCGGAGGCGACGGCAGGAGCAGCAGGGGCGGCGGUGGCAGCCGCGGCGGAGGCGGAAGCGGCAGCGGCGGCAUCAGCACUAUGGACCACCUGGACCUACCUGGGAUGUCGGGUGGAGUCCAUGCCGUGGCGGGCGCCAGCGGCCGCGACAUGGCGGUGCAGUCCUUCACCUCCUUCAGCACCGAUGCACCGGAGCCGCCAACGGCGCCGCAGCAGCAGCCGGUGCAGCAACCGGCCGCGCUGCAGCCUCAUAAGGUGCAGGAGCAGCAGCAGGAAAAGCGGGAGGAGGAACAGCGGGAGCAGCGCGCUUAUGAACAAACGCAAGAGGAAGAAGAACCCCCGCCGCCGCCGCGGGACGUGGCCGAGCUCAUGGUCCUGGGCAGCGAUGACAGCUUCUGCUUCAGGGAAGAUCUGGAUCCCAUGAUCGGAACCUCGGCGGAACUGGAUUCCGAUUCCGAGCCCUCGGCGGCUCCGGAUGCAGCGGCCGUGGACAAGAUGGACGCAAGCGGGGAGAUGGGGCGGCCUGUAGGAAGAGAGUCAGCCCCUGGCUCCAGCCCCAGCCCCAGCCCUAGUCCAAGCACUAGUCCAAGCCCCAGCCCUAGCGCUCGGCCGCCCAGCAGCGGCCUGGUGGGCGACUUCGGUUUGCAGGGUGGCACUGGCGGAAGCCAUCUCGGCAGCCGCGGCGGUAGCAGCCGCGGCAACAGCAGUCACGGCGGCGGCAGUAGCGGCGGUCACGACGGGGGGGGCAGCGACGGUGGUGGAGGCGGUGACAGUGACGCGCAGGGCGUGCGGCGGCCGCGGCGUAGUCCUGCGGCGGCGGUGUGGCUGCGGCCGGGCCUCACACAGGAGCUGGCGACGGAUUCGCUGCCGCCGUCCGUGUCGGGUCGCAGCACCGGCGGCUACACCACUGAUGACGUCGGUCGUGGCGACGGCAGUGAUGGUGAUGGUGACAAUGAUCUUGGGGACGAUGGUCAUGGAGACGGCGGCAGCAGCCGCGGCAGGCCCGGCUCGGACGACGGCAGCAACCGCAGUGCCGGCGGCGACGGCAGUGGCGGGGCUGGGAUCAGGGGUCCAGGCAGUGAGAACGGCAGUGGCAGUGGCAGCGGUGCUAGCCUCGGGGCUGCGGCAGGCGCUGUGACGGACAACAGUGCAGACCUGUUCGCCUCCUUCCGGCAGCGCAGCGCAGCUGCCGCCUCUGACGCGGCGGCGCUGACAGCCACCGGUGGCACUGUUGGCGCAGCUGCCGACGACACAGUCGCGGACCCUGAUGCGUUCUUAGCCGGCGGCGCCGGCCGCCCUCCCGCGCGCGUGACGCUUGCGGGCUGGGGCCAUCAGGACGAGUGGGCGCUCGCAUCAGGCUCGGCGCAAACACAGCCGGGGGAGGGCGGCGAUGCCAAAGGCCGCGGCGGCAGCAGAGGCGGAGGCAGCGGCAGCGGGGGCAGCGAUGCUGCCAGCGUCCGCGGCAGCGGCGGGAGCGCGGGGGCAGCACGGGCGAUGGGCGGAGAAGAUGCUGCAAAGCAGGAGGCGGCGCAGCUGGAGGUGUUUGAAGAAGAGGAGGAGGAAGAGGUGCAGGAUUUACGUGAAGGCCCCGCCUCCGGCUCCAGGCGUCGCCUGCUGGUCGCAGAGCUUCAAAGCUCCAGGAGGGCCUCUGGCAGGGACCUGCAGCCCGCCGGUGAUCUGCAGGAGGCGGGGCAUGCGCGGGCGGGGGCAACGUCCGAAGAGGAGGAGGACACGGACGCUGACGUGGAAGCUGCGGGUCUUGGCCGUGACACCUCCGUGCCUCCGUCGCGGGUCGCCAGCCAGCGCCCGCCGAGUCAGGACUCGUCACAGCGGUGGAAGCGGAGCGAGCCCACAGCAGCAAGAGCCACAUCCACAGCAGCAGAGGAGGACGACGAGACCGCGGAUCACGUGACGGCGGCGGGGCUGCAGCCAACCCGGUCUUCCAGGGCGCUCCAGGGCACAGCCGGUGGUGUAGCAUCGCGGACGAGCUCCCGCUCCCGCUCCCGCUCCCAGUCGGACAGGCACCUGCAGCGGCGCGUGCCUGGCUCUGCCGCCGCGUCCGCCUCCACCUCCUUCUCCACCCGCGGCGGUGUGGCUGCGGAGCGCAGUGGCGGCUGGCUGGGCGGCUUUGCUGAACAUUACCACCAGCACCACGACGGCGACCGGGGCCGGGGUGGAGAGGCCGCGUAUGCCGCUGCCGUGAAGGACAACACCCGUGAUGGGGGAGCCGAUGACUACGAUGACGAAGAAGCUGAGCACGACGACGAAGGCGGCGACGAAGACGCGGGGCUGCGCGCCUUCCUGCGCACCGCCUCUUACCACUCCGGCGGCAUUGCCACCGGCGCCGCCGUGCGAGCCGCCGGCUUCAGUUUGGCCCAGCCGCAGCGGCUACAGCAGCAGCCGGCGGCAGCCGUCUCGGCUCGUCAGCCGCAUCGGACGCUGCCAGUUGAGGAGCAGCAGCAGCAACAGCCCCUGCAGCAGCCGCCACCACUGCCGCCAAGUGCAAUGGACUUCCCACCACUGCCGCGCCAGCCGCCGGUCACGGGCCCUUGGGGCUCACUGCACCUGGAGUCCAUGCGGCCUCGCGCCACAGCAGCAGCAGCAGCAGCAGCAGUAGCAGCAGCCCCCGCCGCCUCGUCAGCAGCCGACACACCUGCUGCUACUGCCGCUGGGCCCAGCAGCGACGCCUUGCCGCAGCCUCUCCGCCAGGCGAGUGGCUGGCUGCUGCCUCCGCAGCCUCAGGCUCGGGUGCGGAUGCAACACCACCCCCACCGCCACCACCAGCAACAACAGCAGCAGCAGCAGCAGUCCUUGUUUGCCGAGUCCAGUCUGGCGUCCAGCAUAACCUCUGCCUCAGAGGACGGCACGUGGCCAACCGCCGCCGCCGCCGCCGCAAUGAAGGCGGCGGCGGCGGGCCUGACGUGGGCGGACCUGGCGCAGGCGGCGGCGGCGGAGCAGUGGCUGCUGGAGCAACUGGAGGCAGCAACUGGAGCGGCUGCUGACGGCGGUGACCGCAGCAGCCUCGGCGGCGACGGCGCCAGCACCGCUGAAGGUACUGGGUAUGGCGACAGUCGCGCCAGCGGAAUGCCGGGCGCUUGGCCAGACGUGCCGGGGGCUGGGCCUGGGGUCGGGGAGGCGGGCAGGGGUGUGCGGCGCGUCCGCAGCCCGCCACGGCCGGGAGAGGUGGCCGCCAGCCCGCCGCCGCAGCGCCGCCAGGGCACGUGGCCGCACGUGGCCGCUGGGCCGCUGUCGGGGUUGGAGCCGGAGCCGGCGGCGGCGGCGGCGGCGGCGGCCAGGACAGCGGCGGGUGCUGAGGUGGCUUCAGUGCUGGAGGCGGUAGCGGGGCCGCCGGCCUGGAGCGGGGAGCGGGCCGAGGCUGUGGUAGCGGCAGCGAUGGUGGCUGCGCCGCCGGCGCCUGCGCCCGCGCCUGCACCGCAGGUGCUGCCUGCACAGGUGCAGCUGUCGCUGCAGCUGGAUGAGUCGGCGCUGCAGCAGGUGCUGCGGACGUGUCUGGAGGCGGCCCUGCCGCAGCUGCUGACGCGCGCGCUGGGGCCGCUGGCGGCGGGGCCGGCAGGGGCAGCGGCGGAACCCGCACACGAGGCCGCGCUCAGGACGUUGCUGGCAUCACAGGCGACAGCACACAGAGACCCACAGCCGCGUGCGGGUGGAGAGGUGGCAGCGCCCGGCGGGCAUCUGGGACUUGAAGCCGUCGGUCCUAAAGGCUCCGCCGGUCAGGGCCACAACCGGCCGGGGCAGCAGCCGCAGCUGCAGCAGCAGCCGCCGCAGCAGCAGCAGGUGUGCAAUGCGGGCACCCAGACGGCAUCGCCGCCGCGUGAGCAGGCCGUGCAGACUGAUGAGCCGGCGGCGCUGCUGCUACUGCCGCCAGCAUCUGAGCCGCCGCUACAGCCAAUGCUGACUUUCCAAUCGUCACAAGCGGCUGUAACUGCAGUGUCGGCAGCGCCUGCGCAUCCCUCCUCGCCGAGUGGUCGCAGCGAGCGGAGCGCCCUGCACAGCGAAUCAUUGGCGACGCCUGCCAACGCGCCUGCUGUGCCAGCUGCUGCCACCUACAUUCCUACCACACAUGGCGCGAUCGCGUCAACACCUUCUGGCACAGGGACCAACACCAACGUUGGGCUCGGGCACACAACUAUCACCGUCAGCACCGGCGCCGCCACCGCGACCUCGCCGGCAACGGCCAGGACCACCCAGGGCCCUUCGCGUCCAGAACCGUCACGCCAGGUGCCUGCAGGCUACAACGUGCCAUCCCCACAAGAUGACGCCGCGCUGUUCUGCAGCCGCGUAGCUGCGGACCUCCUCGCAGACCUGCGGAGAGACAUCCACAAGCGCGCCGCGGCAGGGCCACCGGGCGGCGGCAUGGGCGCAGGCCCAGGCAGUGGCUUUGGGCUAGGAGCAGGAGUGCUGGGAGGUCGUGGCGGCGGCGGCGGCGGAGGCUUAAGCGCCAGUGGCAUUGAGCUGCCCAGCGCCUUGCGGCCCCUGGACAAGCGGCCGCGGCUUGGCUCGCCGCCGCCAGCACGGGCCGGCCCUGCGCCCCUGCACGGCGCGUACUCGCACCAGCCCCAGCACCAACUCCAGCACCAACCCCAGCAGCACCAGCUCCAGCGGUCCGCCGCACGCAGCGGCGCGGCGGCGGCGCUGGGCACCAACCCCGGCCUCCUGCGGUUUGCCCCUCCGUCUGUGUCCUCCCGUCACUCCGCCGCCACCUCAUCACGCCUGCCUGCCACAGCCACAGCCGCUGCCACCGCGGCCUCCAUCGCAAGCCUGACCUCAACCGUGGGGGCGGCUUCGUACGCGGCGGCAGCGGCGGGGGCAGCCUGGGCCCCACCGGUGCUGCCGUCAGAGCAGCUGUUUGCUGCCAGUGUUGCCGCGCCGCCGGCAACAACAAGUACGACGGCUGAUGCGGGCGGGGCCCUGCUGGUGCACAGGGGCUGGGGCGGUGCCAGAGCCGGCGGCGGGACGUACGGGCUUCCGGGGGCAUACGGGGUUGGUGGCGUUGGCACGACGGCGGGCGACACCAGCGCGGCGGAGCAGUUGGACAGCCUGCUGCGGUCGAUGGCGCGUGGGAGCGGCAGUGGAGGCGACUACGGCGCUGCAGGACCUGGUGGGGACGCCGUUGCUGCCGGUUGGCACGUGGGAGCCAGAGCUUCGGAGGGGCCGCUGGAGCGCGCGGCGGCGUAUGCCGAUGCGUUUGGCACCGCGCUGGAGCAGGGGCCGGGCCUCUCGGCUGAGCCCAGCUUUGGCGCUGAGCUGCGCGGCUUGGCGAGCGGCUUGGGGCCGGUGGAGGAGUGGCGGCGGCUGCAGGCUGCAGCAGACGGGUCGGAAUGGACGGCGGCAGCAGCGGCGGCAGUGGCCGCGACUGCGCGGCGCGUCAGCGAUGCCGAAGGUCCGGGGCACGGCGCCAGGGGCGGGCCCGCUGGUGGCGGCGGGGCGGCAGCUGGUGAGAAGCUGCACGGCUCGCCACCUGUGGAUCUGGAACGGAGGUCGGAGAUGCUUCUGCGGUUUCUGAGUGACUUGCAGCAACAGCAGCAGCUGGGCGCUGAGGCAUACCGCUCCCCGCCACGGUUUUGAUGCAUUGUCCAAAAGACCAGCUCAUUUAAGGCAUUGGGGCCUUGGGUGGGUGGGGAUGUCGCACAUUGAACGGUCCGUGUGCAAACGAAAGAAAACUGCUUGUUCACAACGGGGUGUGGGGGCCGGUCUGUGGCGGGCAGGGAAUCGUGGUGGGACGCAAAGCCUCAAACAGCUGGUACUAUCCAUCGCUGGACGUCUGGUGUUUGGCGGGAUAGCCUUGACGUACCUGUGUACCGUACUGCCACGCUCAAUUGGUGACACCAAUUUGGUGAAAAUCACCAAUUUGGUAGCAGGGAACAAUGUCGACUAGGAUUUGCCAGAGCCCGUCACCAAUUCCUGUGCACCCUGAAUCCAAGUCAGGCGAAAACACGCAGACAGGCUGCUUUGGCUAGUGACGCUAUUCCUAUAGUAAACGCACAAUGCUCAGUGUAGCCCCACGGUGUAGCCCCCAAAGGCCCUAAGCUGCAGCUUAAGCUGUGGGACAUUCGCUGGAUAGCGCCUGCAAGCGCGGGGCUCGUGUUGCAGCUGCCGGGGCCGAAAGCGACGCUGGGUACGAUUCGGGGGGUCCCAUCACCAAUUCUGUGACACGGGUGUAAUUCGGCCUGGCUUCUGCCAGAGCCCAUCACCAAAGUCUGUGUCAGCCUGUUUAAUUCCAGCGCGAUUUGUUUCUGUCACCAAUUAUAGAAUCACCAAUUGAGCGUGGCAGUACGGGCGGCAGGCAUCGUAAUGCUGCGCCCGCCCUGGACCAUCUUGUGCUGGUGGCUUGUAAGACGAGGGAAAU